AUGUUCAAUGACAAUGGUAAUGACCUUGAAGUCGACCUUCCGACGUCUCCCUCUUCUGAGUCCAACUUGGUGCCCAGUGACAAUGAUGAUUCUCAACGUGUUCUGGAAGGCGACGUCCAUCUCCCAAGCCUGCCUGAGUCUGAGUCAGAAGACGGUGGCAGUGAGGUUCAGGACCCAGCUCCCAAGAGAUCCAAGAAUGAUGCUCCUGUUCGUGUGCAUACUUUAGUCGGAAAUUUCAAGGCUUUGGAAAAGGCCAUUCUGUCGAACCCGAAGCAAGUGCAACCUAUCCCGCGACAGUUGGUCUCCGAAGUCUUCUCCCCCCCACGUGUCACUGCAGUGGCUCAAAGGUGGGCACACAACGACGAUGCAAUCUUUGCAUUUGAUAUCACCUACAAUGGGUGGGAUUGCCUUGAUAUGCACAUGCGGGCCCAAUUGAAGAAGAUGAUCCAUGCUUUGCGUCCCAAACUACUUGUUUUAUCACCUCCUUGUACCAUGUUUAGCGCUUUGACAAGGAUGUGGAAUGUGAAGCUGUGGACCGAAGAAGAGUACGACGACCGGAUGGCUAAGGCCGAGCUGAUGUUCAACUAUGCCCUUGAACUAUGCGAGCUCCAAUCUUCAAAGCAGUUGGGCUUCGUGCUGGAGAACCCAGUAGCCAUGACAAAGAUGCUCAGUGAGUUUGGUGGCCCAGAAAACUACUUGAGGAUCCGAUUUGCCAGCCAGGAUCAGUUGAACGAAUGGCUCAACUACUUGGUUCACCAUGUUCCGCUGGAUGCGAGCGAUUUCAAUUUCUCUGCGGACCUGCCUGUGACCAACUUGAGCAACAUGAGUCAGGCGCAAAGUUUCAGGGUUCACCCGGCCAUGUUUUCUUACGCGGCAGAGUCUUCCAUCAAGGGCCCGGCUGAGAAUGACACGGUGCUUUUGAUGCUGGAGGAGAUCUUGACUGAUGGUUUCAUGACGGCAAACGAACCCUUGCUUUUGAUUCAAUCAGAAACUCUGGCAAAAGGCCACCCAGAGUUGAUUUCCGCGCCUUGGCGAACCAGCUCUGGCACUGCGCUUCCAUUCACCUUGGGCUAUUUCAAGGGCAAGACCAGGGUGGCUGUAUUGAUGAGCCUACUCUCAAUUGCUAGGGACCUCAAGCUCGACAAUUGGGCAGAGGUACGAGACAACAAUCGGCAGGCGUCCAAGACGGGACAACUCCUUGGCAUGAAGGCUCAGGCGGUCAGAAACAUCAUGGAGCACUUUGACCGAGAGGCUCGGAAGCUUCUGAUAGACUACACGGUCAACGUUGGACAUGAGAACACUCCAUGGACCGAUGACAACCUUAGCUCCAAGAAGUGCCUACCGGGCUUCCAGUUCAAGUCCAACGCUGGGCCGGUGUGGCAGGCUCGUGGCAAGGUCACGGACGUCAAGCACCAGAUCAACUCCCACCGCAAGAUCCCGGCCAAUCUCCGGAAGAAACUCGACAAAAAGCAAAUGGAGAGCCUUUCUGAGGAGGCCGCCUUUGUCGUGGCUGUGAAGGCCGAGGUCCUUCAGGCCAUGCCCGUGGAUCCAAAUGCGCUGCACACUGGCUGGGUUGAACUCUAUGAAAAUGGAGAUCCGGGCGUGGUCUUGGAAGUCCAGAGUGCAAUCAUGAACAGAAGUUGUCCAAACGUGUCCGAGAUUGCAACGCUCGCCAGCAUCAUGAACAAGCACACGGGCUCUACCCCCCUACCAUCAAAGGCUGUGAUGGAAAUGGAGAAGCUCGAGGCAGAGACCUUUGCAUUGAAAAUGAAACAGCUUGACUAUGACGUACAAGCUCUGAGGGUUUCGAGGGCCAAACGUACAUCGUGGCAGCUCCAAGUGCACCAUGCUAAGCUGCAAUACCGUGUGCAAACCUUCAAUGAAUCAAUCAAGGCAGCCAAGUCCUUCAUGGCGGAUUGA